ACAUUGACCUAUGACGUCAGGGACGAUGAAGGGGCUUUCCCACUUCGAAAAAUACAUUCGUUGCGUAUUAUAAUAGCAUAAGUGUUGAAGAAACUUCCGUAACUUUAUGAUCAAGAAUUUAAGAUGGCAAAAAGUUGUUGAAAUGGGUACAGACGGUCUAAUGUACAAAAGAGAGGCCUCAGAGCAAGAUGAUACCGUGGAAGACCUUGUAAAUAUAACAAAAGGAUUGACACUGUCUAAAAAGAAACAAGAAGACAAACCAACAGAGGAUCUUAUUGAUCUAUUAGACAGUCUUAAACUUAAUGUUACCAACAAACGAGGGGGAAGCAAGUCCAACAAAAAUCACAAGAACAGUGCUGAAUUUCAAAAGAGGGGUCCGGGACAAUUUACCCCCCUAGAAACUGGUUACUGGCCUCCCAUAACUUCUGCCAAGAGAGAACCAGAUUUUCUGUAUGGAGGCAAUGUCAACUCAGAGUAUUCCUGGUCAGCUAUAUCAAAAGAGUACAACUAUGCCCCUGGAGUGGACUCUAGCUGCACCAUUUGGAAUAAUGCAGCUCAGAACUACAGUCUUAUCAACCAUCAAAAUAAAACUGCCCAAAAGAUAAAGGAACUAUCAAAUAAGUAUCACACCGAUCCUAACAGAUGUCAAAGACCUGUCAAGGAUUUAGAUGAGCCAGAUGGAAUCACUGAUCAGGACUUGGAAACUGAUGGCUGUGCUCCAACAAUGACAUUAGAUAAGAGCAAACUGGAAGAUAUUCCAAUAGACUGCCCCACAUUGGAGUUGAUUAACAAUGUCAUCAGCAGCCAAGAGAAAGUGUCAUCACCAUUAUACAUUGGAAUGUCCUCCCCCUCAUAUCGAAGGACCUCCCCAUUCUAUGCAAGCAGCCCUUCUUCAGGAUAUUCAGGGUCUCCUCCCCCUCCCUAUUCCAAUGAGCCAUCUCCAUGUUACACCCCCUCCCCAUCAUACCCUGCUUUCUCCUCCCCUGCAAUGUCUCAGAUCAGUAAGUCACCACAGCAUCUAGAAUCUGUGAAUUUGGACUUCCAAGACUUAGAGGAGAUUAAGAAAGAAGAUUUAGUUGGAACACGGAAGAAAACAGACAAUUUUUUACAAAAGACUACAAAACGUCCCAGCAGUGCUGAUGAUGAGUCUAAACCCUCUCCCCCCAAACGAACAAAUGUUGAUGCAAUGUAUGAUAAAGACCUAGAUGAAGAUAACAUUCUUCACUCCAUGAUGAUAGCUGGGUCACCAGUAGAAUUGAUUGAAUAUGUUCUCAAUCUUCUGAGAGUGGAUGGAGAAGAUGUCCUCCAGAAGAUCAUAAAUGACCAAAACAACAUGCAAAGGACCCCUUUAUUUCUGGCUGUGUUUGAAGGAAGGGCUGAGGUGGUAAAACUAUUAUUAAAGUAUGGGGCAGAUCCUAACAUCCAGGGAAAAGUUAUUGUAAGAGUAGAUCAGUAUGAACUCCGAGCUCCUCUACACCUGGCAGCAGAAAUGGGAGAUGAGCAUCUAGAAGUACUUGAUGCUCUCAUAGAUUGUGAGGAAACUGAUCUUGACAUUCGCAGUUUAAGUGACAGAGUGACACCACUUAAUUUAGCACUGAUGACACACAGAAGUAGGAGAAGUCCAGCCUAUCCUAGGAGCUGCAGUAAGUGUAUAAAAGCCCUGGUGGAUGCUGGCGUGGACACAGAUGAAAUGGAUGACAAGAGCAGCAAGACCCCCCUCAUGUUAGUGAUAGACACUAUGGACUUAGAUCUCAUUAAGUUUUUUCUGUGUGCGGACACGUCAACUCAGCAUGCGGAUGUCAUGUCGAAAUUGCAGGCAGUAACAAGAGGUGGUGACACACCUUUACACAUUGCAGCUGGUGUUAAAAUGAAGAGCAGCAGAGAAAAACAAAAGCUAUUACGAAUCCUGAUUCGACAUGGUGCUGAUGCCAAUGCUAAGAAUAACGUCAAUGAGGUUCCCAAAGAUAUUGCUACCAAUGAAGUGUGGAAGGACAUUUUCAAGGAGAGUUUUAAGUGAUCAUCAAUUUUUUUUUUGUUUGGACUCCAUUAACAGAUCAUGGACCUAAUGGAUACUGUGUUGUGAUAAUACAAAACAAGAUUUCUGUAGGAGGAAUGUGACACAUCUACAAUUUCAUCCUUAAAAGAUCCAGCUUUAGCCGAGUUUCUCAACUGUUGUUUAUAUGCAAAGAAAGUAUUAUUUGUUUUUUAUUGUAUGUGUAAAUAAUUUAUUCAAUCAGUCAUCCUCAUACCUUUUUUUUCAUAUUUUUGUGCUGUGUGAAAUGAUGGUAGUUGGUUGUUGAAAUACUUUUCUUGCUUUAAGAGUCAGAUUUGGACUAUAAUCAUAUAAAGAUUCUGGUUCAAUGUGAGCUGAUGAUGAAGUCUUAUUUGUGAAUAUUUAUCAGAACUAUAUUUAUCAAUAUAUUUGUAGAUUUUCGUCUGCAUGAACAGGUUAUUUAUAACCAAGUCAUUACCAAAUCUUUUAAACAUCUUAUAACUGUAGAAUGUAAAUUUUUCAAAGGAUGAAAGGGGAAAAAAGAUAUCAGAGAUGAAACUGGAAUACUAUAUGCCCAUGUACAAAGUGUAAAUAGCUGUUAUGAAAUUCAUAUUUUUUUAAUACAAACUGCUUGUUUGACUAAUUAUAAAACUCAUUGCUAGUGAUGUGUAGAAUGGAUGUACAAAAAGACACAUUUUUUUCUUUGGUAUUUUAAGGUUGUGACUGAUUAAAUGACUUUUUUGGAGUAAAAUACUUUUGUGCCCACUAAGUAGAACAAAUACUGCCAUGGAUGAUUCAUAUUCACAAGUCUCUUGCCUUUUUUCUUUCGUAAGUAAGGAACUUCUUCAAGUACUUAUACAGUACAUGUACGUGAAUUCCCCAUUGUAAAACUGAGUUCAGUUAUAACAUGGUUAUUUUACUUCUAGACCUGAAAGAAAACAACUAGGGCAUUCUAGAUUUCACAAGUGUCUAGGGUAAUUCUAGUACUUUGUGAAGGUUAUGGAGAAAUGCUGGUCAUAUCUCGAUCAAAUUUGUCAUUUUGCUUCUAUCAAGGCUAUAGAACUGUAUAUUUAACAUCUUAGAUCAGACAGGGAAUAUACAUGUAGAUAACAUUAUGCAAGUAUUGAGUGAGGGGUUAACAAAGGGUAUUAUAUGUAUGCUUAUAACUGUUGAUAAAAAAAGCUUUACAAAGUGACAGGAAGAAAAUUUUAUGGAGCCUUAUUGACUCCAUUGAGGAAACCUUUUAAUAUAGCUAUUAAUAAAUUUAUUUGGCUUUAUUUGAGGGGAAAAAAAUGUGACUGGGAGUUUUUUUUUUUGUUUUUGUUUUUUUGUUUUGUUUUGUUUUGUUUGUGCCUUUGUUUGUUUUGUUUUGAAGAACAGAUAAAGUAUUUAUAUCUCUGGCACUUACUUGUAUUCAAUGUUUUCAUUUAAGUGCUACAUGGACUACAAAAAGGGUGAUGAAUUUGUAUGUCCAUACAUACAUCUUGAUUUAAAAAAAAAGAAACUUUGAACUAAAAGCUUUACAAUAUUUGAGCAUAAUAAUGUAUGUGUAUAAAUAUAAAUUCAGUUCUUAUGAUUUUUUUCCUAAUAAAUAUAAUCAAUCCUUUAAACACAGAGGGUAGACUAUUGUUAAUAAAGUGUAUCACAAUGUUAUGUUAACCAUGCAGAAUUUUGUCAUUUUACCCACAGAUUUUACUUGAAUGUCCAUCUGUAUUUUAUUGUGAAAUAUCUUUAUUCUAAUUGUUUCUACAAUAAUUCAAAUCAUUUUAAUUAUUUUAAUUUUUUUUUUUUUCAAAAUAUUUUACAAACAGCCUUCAUAUACAUGUUAUAAAUAUAAAUGUGAAUAAAAGCCUGUACUUAAAAUGAAU